CGCAAGACGGCAUUCUUACACAAAGCUGGAUCUUUGUGAAUCAGUUUCCCUUGCUCGUUUCAUCUUCCGCCGUGCGGUUUGAUCUCGCAUAUGCCCUCCUAAAAUUCUAUCGAUAUCAAAAAUGAAGUCUACUAUGCUUUUCGCUCGUUAUGUUCUGUUCGGUCUUUUCGUCGUCUGUAAUGCCAUCAUAUGCAGCGUUGCUGUAUGGAAUCACAGCCUCGUCCAAGUUACAGGAGGCCAGACUGUGCAAGUCGAUGUCUAUCUCAUAUUCUUGGGCGCUUUUAGCCUUACUUUUAUCUUUCCAAUUAUUUUCGCCGACUUACUAUGUACCGAUCCACUCUCUGCGCGAGUGUGGUUCGAGUGCGUAUGGGUGACGAUCAUCUGGCUCAUGCAAUUAGCUGGUGCGGCCGCUGUGACCGCAAUUGCGCCGCAUAUUCAAUGCUCCGCCCAAGCUACCGAAGUGAAUAACAAUUCCUGUUUGUCGACCAAGGUUCUUGUAGCUUUUACUUGGAUUUGUACUAUCAUAUUGCUUCUGUAUCUGUUUCUUCUAUUCGUGACAGCGGUUACGACACAAUGGACCGAUCCAGGCGUAUGGCAUCACAAUGUUCGUUAUCUCCGCAUGGAGUCCACUCGGCAAUGUCUGCCUAGUGCCCAGAACUCGCCGAUAACUCCUCGUUUCGUCAAAGGGCGUGGAACAUCGGAAGUCCAUAAACCUCGCUCGCCUCGCCCAGUUGCUCCGAAUCCGGUCUAUGGAUAUCGUGCUGGACUUGGUCCUGAGUACGAGAUCGAACAUUAUCGCCCACAUGAGACACAACAUAACCCCGUAGAUUCCGCCUUGUCACUGCGUGAAACGAUGCCUGCUCACUCUGUAUUAUAUCCUUCCCCUGCUCGUGUUUACUCGCAAAGAAUUCGUGGUUUGAUUCCUCCAGAGAUGGAUCUUCCACCGUUACCUUCUCGACUUCAUACGGCCAUCACCUAUUCAAAGUCGGUCCAUUCAUCAAUAUCGGCGCAUAAGGCGCGAGCAUCGUCCCCAUCUCCAUCACACCCAUCUUCGUCGCCGUUUGACUGGCCGCGAGCAAACUCUAUGGAACAACCUUUCAGGACAAAGAGGAAACCACCACCCAGCACCUCGCACUCGGUCCAGUCAUCAAUAUCGGCACAGGAGGCGCGAACAUCGCCCUCUCCAUCGCCUCCAUCUUCAUCACCAUUUGAUUGGCCGCGAGCGAAUGUGAUGGAGCAACCAAUUAAGACAAAGAGAAAACCGCCACCCAGCGCUUUCGAGUUUCCGAAACGAAGCGCUCAGGCUCCGUCGGAGCCCUUUUCUGAUGCUCCUCCUGAUUCAUUGACACAUCCCCGUACUAGACGGCCUUCUGGUCCUCGCGUGCGGCCACCAUCAGCUGACGAGACACAGCAUCCUACUCCCCAUUUGGCUCGCCCCGCGUAUUGAUAGAUAUAUAUACGAUGGGAGCUGACAGCGAACUUUGAAGUUGAGUUAGAAAGUCGAGUAUAUCUAUAUGAUACUUGCUAGAACAAGAUAGUUUUGUGAGCUGUAAAGGGUUGGCCCAGAGAGGAAAUUGAAUAUUGUUUGUCCCGUCU